AUGGAUGAAAACAAAACCAAAUCUCAGCCCUCAGCCCUGAGCAAAGAAAUAUCCUCCUCCUCCUCAACAUUAAAACCAGAGCCGGAACAAAAUAAAUCUUCCAAACGGCCCGAUCCCUCCUUCUCAUGGGGCGUGACGCCCUCCGCAGAAGCAACCAUGACCCGGGAAGUCGACAAGGACCACCCCGUGCACAAGAUCCCGCUGGAGAAGCAGGAGAAAAUGAGGAAGAAGGGGGUCAAUCCUGUGCUGAAGGCUGAGAUGGAUGAGCGGAUGAAAGGCGAGGGCGGGUUUUGGACUAGGGUUGGGAUGACGGCUAUGGGAGGUGGGUGGAUCAAAUGA